CAACGUUGGCUAUAAUAUUGAUACAUACAUACAUAUGUGUCAUAUCUGAAAUUUAGACAAUAAGAAGCAUUAAAAAUGUUUUAACUGCUAUUAAUGCAAAUAAAACAUAAAUAUUUGAAAAUUUGUGUAAAACCUACAAAGCGUAAUGCGUAAACUAAUAACUGAGUCGAGUGAUAUUUGACCAUGAGUGCAUCCACUGAACAAAGAGAACAGUAAAAACAUAGUUUAAUAUUAUUGUAUGUUUGUUAUCUGUCUACAAAUUGAAUAUUAAUAGUGAAAAGAAGAACACUAGUUUGUAUCUAUGCCUCAAAGUUGUUAUAGACCCUUAAAUUGUCUCUAAGGGGUAGCAAUUGAUAAAGAGAUUAUAAAACACCCCGGGAAUAUGGGCUGGCAAAAAAGGGUAACAUUCAGCAGCUGGUGGAUCGCGCUGGUUUGGGUACUUUUUGUCAACGCUGAGAUGGACUUUAAUGUAGGAGAUACUCGUGUACCUCUUAUUGAACCCCAAGAUGUACCCGUUUUUAAGCAAACCCCAUAUGUAAAGGAGCUUAUGAACUGUAAGCAGUUAGAAAGCGAAGUAGUGUUUGGCUUACUACUAAAAAUGUAUGACUGGAGCGAACUAUCUGCUGAUAAACGAGCUCAAGUAAAGGCAAAAUUAGCCACGUUUUUUGCAAUACCAAAGGAAUUUGUUUACUUGGAUUCGAUUUCAAAACAUGAGUUAAACGCCAUGCAUUUGUUGUCCAUACACAAGGGGGGCGAGGAAAUUGAAGACAUUGAUUACACAAAACAACCGCUAGGACGAGCUAGUUUUGUUAUAGGUUGUGGUGAAAAUUUAUUCAACAUGGGUAAAAUCAUUGCAAAUGAAAUUUCCCAUCAAAUCAAAGACGGUACGAUUAAUGCUUUAACCGAGGAAAAUUUUGGAAAGUGGAUGAUAUUUAAAAGACGUAAGGAAUUAACAACCAGAUCUGAUCGAGUGCGUCGCCAAUCACAGAAUGAAGGUUCUGGUGCGGAUAAUGAUGAGGACUAUGAUUAUGGUGAUGAGGACGUAAGUGACCUAAACACAGAAGUUCCGGCAGUCAGUACAACUCAUGCACAUCGGCAUCACCAUGUAGUCUCAGCUAUAAUUUUGGAGAAUGUCGGUGCACCGGGUUUCUUGCCUACUGAGGCUGAAUCAACGCCAAUGCCAUUAGUAACAUCAAUAGCAUCAACACCAUUAGAAGCAUCAAUUGUUACUAAUGUGGAAGAGGAAAUUGAGGAAAGUGUCUCGAAAUUGGAAUCAGUGAUAAGCAAAACAAUUGAAAAUACCAAAAAUAUUAAAGAGCUAGCUCUUAUCACUAUGGAUGUGGCUGUUGACAAUGGUGAAGAGUUUGAAUUACAACGCUUAGGAGCCAUUCGGGCUGAAUCCAGCACUAAUAAACAGAACGAUCUGGAAAUUACGUUGACUACUACAGAUGUUGCUCCUCUGUCUAUGGGAAGUCCCAUCUCUUUGGAGAAUCCCUAUAGCAUAUACAAUAAUGCUAAUGAACUCGGCACCGAAUCAAUAACCAACACUUCUGUGAAAGAACAAGAAAGCACCGCGCUUGUCGUUCAAGAAAAUCCAACUUCAGAGAACUCUCUUUAUCAUGCAAACUUUUCAUCAAAUACGUCAACCCUUAGAUCGACCACAACACCAUUGUCCUCGUCGGUCAUGUCGUUAUAUCCCUCAUCUUUCUCAGCGUCAACUAACAUCGAAAAUGAGAACAUUACGUCUACUUCAUCAUCACCCCAAUUUUUAACUUCAACAAUACAAUAUCCUUCAACAGAAACACCAAUAUCAACUUUAACCGAGUCAACUAUUUUUGCUUCACCACAAUCAAAUUUAUCAAAGCUGGGUUCUAUCAUUGACAUUCCUUCAUCUACAUUUGCACCUGUGGAAAUUCCUGCAACUUUGGACUAUUUGGAACCAUCCAUUGAAAAUAGCCCGCCCAUAAUAAAGACGCGGUUGCGAAAGUUGGCUGUGACGUCAGGAAAAGCUUUUCAAUUUAUCGUACCAGAGCAAACGUUUGCUGAUGCGGAAGAUUACAAUAAUCUUAGACUGGAGCUGACUGAUAUGGACGGCAAUGAACUAAAGGGUUCGUCUUGGAUGCAAUUUAAUUCUGAUAAAAGGGAGCUUUAUGGACUACCCUUGGACGACACUGUUUCUCGUUGGCAGUAUUGUCUUACCGCCACUGAUUCGAGCAAUGCAAGUGCUACUGAGAUUGUAGAGAUCAGCGUACAGCAACAUCGCGCAGUGAGGACCAUCAACCAUGAAAUCAGUAUAGCUGUGGAAAUAGUUGACAAUAAUGGUCGUAGCAUUGAUUGGCAAUUAAAACUAAUUCAUGCCUUAGUACAGACUCUAAACGAUCUUAACAGCGCCGCCGUUGUAGUGCGGGAGAUACGUCAACCACCGCAAAAUCUUCAUAACGCUACUUUUGUUUAUUUCAAUGAGACUCUGCCCUCAAUAGAAUGUCCCGAAGAAGCAUUAAAUGACAUACUUAGGAGCUUAGAUGUCCACCGUCUAAACGAAUUAGUACAACCUAUUCUAAGCAUUAAAUCCAUUGCAGGGAAUUUGAUUGGAUCCUGUCAAAAAGUAGAGUUAAACCAAAUAAAACCAACUAUUACCGUGACUAAAAAUCUGCCACCCAUGCCUCGCAAUCAAGUGGAUCGAGUUAAUGCUAGUGUUGGUCAGUUGAUGGUCUACAGAGUUCCCAGCGAUACCUUCUAUGAUCCUAAUGACAACGAUCUAACUCUUACCCUAAAAAGUAAAGAUCACAAAGAGCUCAGUACCCGGCAGUGGCUACAAUUUGAUUCAAAAAAUCAAGAAUUUUUUGGAAUUCCCAAAAGUGGAGAUAUAGGAUCUGAAGAAUAUUUGCUAGUUGCUGAGGAUAGUGGAGGUCUCAGCGCAACCGACGCUUUGGUUGUUGUUGUGACUCAUGCACACAAAAAGGAGUUCAGUACUUUGUUCAAAGCGUAUUUGGCCAUUCGCCAUGAAAAUUUUAAUGCGGACUUGCAGCGGAAAUUUGUGGAACGCAUUGCCAAACUUCAUAACGAUGCAAAUACAAAUAAAAUACAAGUACGUUCGAUAACAACGCAUCAUGAUUCAGAUGGCACUAUUGUGAACUUUUAUAAUACCUCGCUGUUUAAAAUACAAAAUCGGUGCCCUGAUAAAGAAUUGGCUGCCACCAGAAAUGUCUAUUUAGAUAACGAUCAAAUGCUUAGAGAAGGAGUCAAACUUUGGAUGGGUCCUGAAUUGAACUUAACCAACUUUUCCGUGGUGCCUAUUGGCAGUUGCCAUCUAACUGAUUACAACGCCAUAAAUCCUCAUGAUUAUAUUCCAAAACGACCCGAGGAACCCCGUUUAAAAUCAACUUUUAGUGAACAGAAUUUAACAACUUUUGUUUUACCCGCCAUUAUUAUUGUUGUCAUGAUUUUGCUGGCCUCCAUUAUAGCUUGUUGUUUGCACAGACGUCGGAAUAAGAGUGGGAAAAUGGAAUUGGGUGACGAUGAGGAACGUAAAUCAUUUCGCAACAAAGGUAUACCUGUUAUUUUCCAAGAUGAAUUCGAAGAGAAACCUGAAAUGGGUAAUAAAAGUCCCGUGAUACUCAAAGACGAAAAGCCACCUUUGCUUCCACCGUCAUACAACUCUUCUAAUAUGAAUGGUGACAACGACGUGGAUGAGUAUGUUCCCCCGCCUGCUGUUGUUCUAGGAGGACGUGAAGCGCGCGGUAAAUCUCCAGCGACACCAUCAUAUCGCAAGCCUCCACCAUAUGUUUCACCAUAAAUAUUUAUCAUAAACCAAAUUCAAUAUGAAUUGUCGCAACGUAUCGACACAAAAAGUCUCUGCCAACCAUAAACACUUACGUUUCUUGGCACCAUCUUUAACUACAACUAAUAUAAUUUUUACAAAGCUCUGCUAUUUCUAGCUGUUUUCUAUACAAUAAAUUAAAAAGGAAUGGAUAAUAUUUGAGUGAUUGAGUUCACAAAGGAAGAGAAUAUUUAAAUUCCUUUUUUACGUUUUUGGUUAUUAUACAAACAGUUUGCUAACUGAGCAAAACUUUAUGCAAAUUGAAAUUUGGUAGACCUCAAAACAAAUUUAUCUUUCUGAUUAUACCGUUACUUAAUUUAAGUUUAAAAUAUUUAAAAACUCACACAUAAUUAAAGAACCACAUGUAACAAUUUUAGAAACAAAGGUCUUUUCCCAUGCCACAUUUACCUAUUUUAGUUCAUAUAAACCCAAAGUUCUGCCAUACCAAAUCCUAGCCAUAUUUAUGGAAACCUCAACUGAGUAUUUUAUUAGAGUAUAAAUUAUUUUGUAAUUUUUAUAUUGCAAUCUUUGCCAAAAUUUAAACUCAUAAAAAAUGUAACACUACUUAAUUGAACAUAACAUAUUUUCAAUUAUACAAAACAGAUUGUGUGAAAAAUACGUUCACGUAAAAAUUGAAAGCCCUUCUUAAAUAAGAUAUAUAAAACAGUAGAAAAAUAAUAUAAUAUUGAGCAUUUUAGCUCUAAAUCGGUCAAUAGAAAUAACAAUGGAGAAUCACAUAAAGAAACCCAUUUAUUUUGAAUAAAACAAAAUAUCCAAAGAUAAACAUA